UAGAGGGGGUGGACUAUCUUGACGUUCAGUUUCAGGGUUUCACUGCUGUCUGCCAGUACUAUGACCUCUUUGACUGUACUGUGCUGGAGAUGCCAAGAUGGCUGCAAGCAAUUAUUUCGGCUUCACACAUGGUGCCGGUCCGCAAUACAGUACCCAGCCUCCCCCAGCCUACUCCCAUCCCUCCACAGCCACUUACAGUGUCCAGCAGGCUCCAGCUGUGGCUCAUGCAGUGACUGCAUCCUACUCUCCAGCUCCAGUCCAGGCAGCCCGGCCAGUGGUCACUGCCCCUUACCCUGCCUAUCAGAGUCACCAGGCUCCCCCUGACUACGCCUACAGGCAGCCAGACCCCCCGGCACCCCCACAGCCAACCACCACCCCACAGACGUACCAGGUAUACUCGGACACGCAGGACAACUACAGCUACGGGCGCCCUGCAGCUGUCACGACCUAUGACAACAAACAGUACUACCAGACGAGUAUAGCUUCAGCUCAGAGGACACCCACAGAGAAUUACUACCAGACGGUAGGUGUAAAGAGUGCUUACAGUCCAGCCCCCUCCACUGUGUACAGCCAGCCUCCUCCUCCCCAGAGGCAGGUAACGGCCCUGAAGCCUCUGGCCCCCUCUGUGUCAACCAGCUACAACAUUUACCCAGUGUCCACCAGUGUCCAGCAGCCCCCCACACCCAUAUCAUCCUACACCCUUGGCUCCUCCUUCGGAUCCACUGUUUCAGCCACCACCUACUCAGGCAUUAGCUACUCCAAUUAUGACUCAACUGGCUACACCUCUACAUCCACCCCCUCCUAUUACCAGCCAGCCCAGCAGACUCUCACCCAGCCGCAGCCUCCACCUCAGCAGCCCCAGCAACAGCCCCAGCCCCCCAUCCAGCCACAUCCUAAGCAGCUGACAAGCUCUUCCUGGAGCAACUCAGGCAGCAACAUGGUGACAGCUCCGACUGUAAACACCUACAAAAAGCCCACGUUUCACCAGAGCAAACUGCAGAAGCCCAAAGGGCCUCCCAAGCAGCCCCAGCUCCAUUACUGUGACAUUUGCAAGAUCAGCUGUGCAGGCCCUCAGACGUACCGGGAGCACCUUGAGGGCCAGAAGCAUAAGAAAAAGGAGGCAGCCCUUAAAUCUGGGGGGCAGACGGGGGCCAGCAAUGGGCCCAGAGGUGUCCAGACUCAGUUACGCUGUGAGCUGUGUGACGUCACCUGCACCGGAGUGGACGCCUAUGCCGCCCAUAUCCGUGGGGCCAAACAUCAGAAGGUGGUGAAACUUCACACCAAGCUGGGCAAACCUAUACCUUCCACUGAGCCAGUGUUGGUGAAUUCAGCUCCAGUUAUCACAACCUCGACAGCUGGGAAACCUCCAGUUACCACAUCCACUCCUGCCUCUGUCUCAACCACUUCAACUCCCACUGUGACAUCCAGACAUGGGGCUGUAAACACCGCGGUCAAAAUAAUGGCACCAGUCAAGAAACCAGCUCCUCACAAAAUAUAUAACAUUUCCAAUAAGCCUGUCAGCGCUCCAGCAGCUGCAGUGACAGCAGCGGUGGUGGUGGCUGCCAAGGUGGAGGAGCCCAUGCAACAGUCAGUUCAGAGGAGGGACCCUCAGAGUGACAAUGAGGACGAUGACAGAGCCGGAGGCCAGGGAGACAUCCAGCCAGUGGGACACGACUACGUAGAGGAGGUCCGAAACGUUGACGGCAAAGUAAUUAGAUUCCACUGUAAACUGUGUGAGUGCAGCUUCAACGACCCCAACGCUAAAGACAUGCACCUGAAAGGAAGAAGGCACAGACUCCAAUACAAGAAGAAAGUGAACCCAGAGCUUCCUGUGGAGAUCAAGCCAAGUAACCGGGCUAGGAAGCUGCAGGAGAGCAAGCUGAAGAAGCAGAAACAGAAGGCGGUGCUGAAGAGACAGAGAGACGAUGAGCAGUGCUGGCACAUGGAGAUGAGGUCAGACUCAUGGCCAAAGCGAUAUGAGGAGGACUUGUACUGGAGGAGGAUGGAGGAGGAGCAGAUGUAUUGGGGGGAGCAGAGACGCAGGAUGGCUCCUCCACCGUUGAUGAGCCGCCCUGGUAUGCCAGUACCCCCUCUACUGACGUGUGUGCGUCGGCCAGACUCUCCUGACGACCGUCACAUCAUGGCUAAACACUCAACCAUUUACCCAGUAGAGGAAGAGCUGCAGGCUGUUCAGAGGAUUGUCUCCCACUCUGAGAGAGCCCUAAAACUGGUGUCAGACUCCCUGCUGGAGAAGGAGACACCAGCUGUUGAUACGGCUGCUACUGAAGGAGGAGAUGAAAAAGGUACUGAGAACUCAGGACGGCUGCUAAAAGGUGUGAUGAGGGUGGGCAUCCUGGCCAAAGGCCUGCUGCUUCAUGGGGACAGAAAUGUUGAGCUCAUCCUGCUGACUGCUAAGAAACCCACCAUCUCUUUACUGAAGAACAUCGCCAAGCAUUUGCCCAAAGAACUGGAGACAUUUUCUGAAGAUCAGUAUGAGGUGCAGGCUCACCCUGAGGAGGCGAACAUCGUGAUAUUUUCAAGCAAGGAGCCCAAAAUGCAGGUGACCAUUUCUCUCACCUCGCCGCUGAUGAGGGAGGACCCUGCUACUGAGAAGGAGAAGCAGGCAGGAGGAAAAGCGGCUGAGAAAGGUGUGGCUGAGAAGGACCCCACUGAUCUUCUGAAUAAGAGAAAAUGUCUGGAAUACCUGGCUGCUCUCCGUCACGCCAAAUGGUUUCAGGCUCGUGCCAACGGGUUGCAGUCUUGUGUGAUCAUCAUUCGGUUGCUGAGAGAUUUAUGUCAGCGCGUUCCCACCUGGGGGAAGAUGCCCGGCUGGGCGAUGGAGCUGCUGGUGGAGAAAGUGAUCAGCAGUGCUCCAGGCCCGCUCAGCCCAGGAGAGGCCAUGCGCAGAGUCCUAGAGUGCAUCUCCACAGGCAUCCUGCUUCCAGAUGGACCAGGGUUGAUGGACCCAUGUGAGAAAGAGACAACAGAUGCUUUGGGAAGCAUGAUGCUACAAGCCAGAGAGGACAUUACUGCCAGUGCACAGCAUGCUCUGCGGCUGCUUGCUUUCCGCCAGAUCCACAAGGUUCUGGGCAUGGAGUCUCUGCCAGCGUCCAAGGCCAGCGCUCGCAACCGCAAGCGUCGACGGGACGGCAGCGAAACGGGCGAAGGGGAGGGGGAGGGCAAAAAAGACAAGAAGGAAGAAGCAGAGAGUGCUUGACCUCUGCCUCCAGAGUGUAGGCCUUUGCUUGUUGGUAGACUGGUAGAAUGUCACAACUUUUCUUAUCUUGAAAACAAUCUUAACACGCAGCUAUACACAUAUGAAUAUAACUGACUGUACAUGUUACAUGUCUACCCUUGAAUUAAGAGGAGUAAUAUGUUCAGGGGAGAAAACAGAAGCAUAAGAAUCUGUACUGCAAAUCCUCCUCGUAUAGUAAUUUCCCGCAAAUUAAGUGUCUUUUAAAGUUUGCAGAGAAAAUUGGCUUCAUCAUGAAUCAUCAAAAUGAAUGAUUGCAUCAUUCCAUUUCAGUACAAUUGCACACUACUACUGACCACUCCCCUCUUCUUGUUUAUUCCCAAUAGUUAAACCACCAUCAACUACAGUAUUGUUUUAUAAGAUGUUGAAAAACCUCCAGUUAAAUCAUCAGCACCUAAGAAAGCUUUUUUUUCCCAGUAGGACUGCUUGAGUCAGGACUCGCUGAACUAAUGUUGGUGCAUGACAUUUGUACGCUAAAAUGUUUUUCAGUCUGUGUUCAACAAACAAAAGGAUAUGGGUUCUGGUUUAGAAGUUUUGAAACUGAGAAAGAUUACAGAUUACGGUCUACAAACAUAAUGCACUGUGAUGUUCACUGUGCCUAAGAUGAGGAACUUUAAAAAUAAACUAGUGUGAAGGUCCUUCCUGAACUAAACACUCCCUCUAAAGUCUCCUGUUUCAACAUUUCCUCCUCAUGCAUUUUGAAAUUGUUAUACGUUUGAGUUGUGAAAUUCAAAGGUCCUGCAUCACACCUUAAAUACUUACAAUUAAUUCCCCUUGAAAACACGUCCGUAAGGUUUUGCAAGAAAUGUACAAAGAGAGAUUCUCUGUUUUGUGAGGUUUUUCUGUGGAGGUCACUGGAAAGUAAAUCUGUCUCUUGAGGAGAGAGAAGUCUUAUGUUGCACAGUCUGAAGCAUGCUGAGGGAAUGAAGCACUUAAGAAAUGACAAUGUUACUGUAUGCAGCCAUAAUUUUAUCAUUUGAAUAAUAUCCCUGGUAACCUUUUUUUUCUUCCAGAGUAUGGUUAGCAGAAGAGAGAAGCUUUAGUCCGACUGAAUCUCUACUGUAAUGAUCAUGUAGUCCUUUGACUUUCUUCCUUGUGCCUGCAUCAUGUUGUGUAUUACAGAGUAAGGGUUACAUUGUUUAUUUGUCAGGUUAAUAUUGUAAUGAAAUUGUUUCACAAAGAUGUAGGACAGGGAAGGGACAGUUGCACAACUCUUUGGCUUAAAAGUUGAUGUGAUGAGAGCAUUAUUGUGCCGUUUUUAGUUUGAUUUUCAUUUAUCAAGAGCAUCAUGUAUUGCUUAUUUUAUUUCUGAAGGAUGUUGCAAUCUAUUUUGUAUUCUUUAAAUGGAAAGUGUGAACGUUGCUGUCCUUAUAUGUGAAUGUCUUUGUAGUGUUGCCUAAAAUUAGGGGAAAUAUAUUAAAACACGUUUAAGCCA